AUGGCCAAACAAAACCAACGAAAUGACAGCAGUCAGGUGAAAGAUCUUAUACAGCUCUGUGAAAAUAGGUCUGCUGAUACGAAGGAAACCAAACCUGAGAACCAACAGCAGGGAAAAGAAAGCUCGGAGGAUAAGAGCUCCUCUGAACCAUCCACCUCUGGACAGAGCAGCGCUGAGGAUGGAAAGAAAGAUGGAGGAUGUGAGGCGGAGAGGAGAUGGAGCAGAGAAGGAGGAUCGUCAUGCUGCCAGCUGGAUGACCUGAAGACACUUUCAAAGUGUGACAUGAGGCUGGGAAAUCUGAGCUUCUCUAGAUCUCACACCGUCCUCAUAGAUGUAAACGCCUUCAGAUGUGGUCAAGUUGUUCCUCUGAGAGGGAGAGACCUGUGGCACAAGAACUUUGUCAAGAUGCCGUGUUCAAGGUCAAGCAUGUCACCAAAACCAGAUAUAACAAUGUUUCAGCCUGGAAACAGCCUGGUGCAGAGGUGGAGCCUGAUCUCCAAGCAGCUGGAUGUUCUGGCCAAGAAGAAAAAGGCAAAUGUGGAAGAUGUGAAGGAAGCUAUCUUCAAAUACAACCCCAAGUAUAAACCAGAGUGGAAAUUUGAUGCACUGUCCAGAUUUGUGAAGUCCUCACAUUUAGAAAAUCACUUUUCAACACUAUCUUCGAAGAUUGCUGCUCUGGCCUUGAAGUUGCCUGAACAGCUUGAAAAGACCAUCCCGCUGCUUCAGCGUCAUCAACCUGCAACCAUCACUUUGUCCCAGUUCCAGAUUGCAUGUCUGCUCGCUAACGCUUUCUACUGCACCUUCCCUCACCGCAACACCACAAAACCCGACUCAGAAUACCACAACUACCCGUCAAUAAACUUCAGCAGAUUGUUUGGAGAAUGGUCAGAGCGGAAGAACCAGAAGCUCAUGGCCAUCAUGCAGUAUUUUAACAUAGUGACAGAUGAGAAAUUCAGACAUGAUGGACUGGUGACGUUUGAGAGGCGUUGCCUCAGAGAGGCAGAUGUACCAGACUGGAGAGGGUGCAGAGAAACACUGGGAAAACUGCACGUAACCUCAGAGGGCACGAUCGAGGAUGAAGGUACAGGGCUGCUUCAGGUGGACUUUGCUGCCAAGUGGAUAGGCGGGGGUGUCCUGGACACUGGUUUGGUUCAGGAAGAGAUCCUGUUCCUCAUGCAUCCAGAGCUGAUCGUUUCUCGCCUCUUUACAGAGAAACUUGAUGACAAAGAGUGUCUCAUCAUUACAGGUACGCAGAGGUUCAGUUGCUGUGAUGGUUUAAGUGACAGAUUUCAGUGGGUGGGACCUUUCGACGAUAAACUUGAAAGAGAUGAUUGGAAGCGGCUAAAGCGUCAGAUUCUGGCUAUAGAUGCGCUUCAUUUCAGACAUCCAAAGGAGCAGUACAGUAUGGAAAAAGUUAGACGGGAACUGAACAAGGCUUACUGUGGCUUUAAAGGCCAGCCUGGCUGUGAAGAGCCAGACAUAGCUACAGGGAAGUGGGGCUGUGGAGCCUUCAAUGGAGACGCAGAACUCAAAGCUGUGAUCCAGCUGAUGGCCGCAGCAAAGGCCAGAAGAGGUUUGGUCUUCUUCACAUUCAAAGAUGAUUAUCUGACAAAGAGGUUGCAACAGAUUUACCACUCCCUGGUAUCACAGAAGGCGACAGUUGGCCAGCUGUAUAAACAUCUGGAACAUUACUGUAGUCUUCAACGUAAACAAGGAACUUCACAUGAAAGACUGUUUGACUACCUGGGAAAAAUAAAACUGAAUAGUUCACUUUAGGAAUUCUCUUCUGUUUGCUUGAAACUGAAGGAACGAGAUAAAACAAAUAAAAUGAGAAUCAAUAAUGAUGAUGAUUAGCUUUUUGGACGAUCAAACAACAGGAAUCUGGUUUCUUAGAUGCUGCUUGAUGAAC